GCUCAGUUUUACUGCAUUCGCGGGUUCGCCAUCGGUGUAGAACGUCGUCUGACGACGCAAUCUUGCUUUCUGUUUUUUUUGUGCGUGUUUUGAAAAAUGAGUUUCUUUAAAAUAGUACUGCUCUUUUUGUGUUGUAACUUAGUAUGGACAGCGAAUACAUACAAGGCAGCUAUCGUGGAUGUAUCGAACACAGAUAUAAACAGCAGUAAAUAUGCGUCGUUGAUACGUGAAGCUGGUGAGACGGAUGUGGACUUAUUGGUGCUACCGACUCCAAGAAAUGUUGUUUCUGAAACCGAAUUUAAUUGCAUAAAUGGAGUAGAUAAUUACGAUGAGAUAAUUAAGUCGCUUUCAAUUGCUGCGAAGGACGCGCGUGUUUACGUUCUGGCGCAAUUGAUUGAGAGAUAUAGUUGUCAAAACCGGGAAGAACUUAUAAGAAGUAACGUAGUCUUUGAUAGGAAUGGAGCUGUCAUCUCUGUUUACAGAAAACCUGUUAACAGUCGAUCGAAGUGCAAUACGACAGUUUCAAAAAUGGCUCAUUUUACAACUGACUUCGGAGUAACAUUUGGCGUUCUUAUGGAAGAUGAUAUUAUACUAACGAAUGUAAAACAUAUUAAUGGAAUUAAAAACUUCAUUGUUUCUACGUCUUCGGAGACAGCAUUCUUAUUUGCUAAACAGUUUUCCACAUUUUGGGCGUAUACAAAUAACAUCAACGUUAUCACUGACAAUGGGAAAUUCAGUGGAAAUAUUAACACGAUGAAGACACCUAAUAAUUUAAUUGUUUCGGAAUUCGAAAACUAUGGAGCAAGCGAUAUCUCAAAAACUCUAACAGUCACUCCACCCACCACUUACUUCAUUGGAGACAUGAGUCAGUACAUCAUCAAACCAUUGAACUUAGAGGCCAGUUCCCAGGGUCACACUGAAACCGUUUGUCAGGGCAGCUUGUGCUGUCAGUUUUAUGUGAAGACGAGUUUGAUUGGAUCUAAUUACCAAGAUGUUACGUACGGUUUGGUUGUAUUGGACGGUGUUCAAAAUUUAGGCAACACUAACAUUGGUUUGCAAACUUGUUCAGUUUUGGCAUGCGCUGGGUUAUACAAACGAUCGUGUUUUGUUGGAUCCGAAAAGAACAGCACCAACAUCGUAUUUGACAAUGUUUUGAUCAAAGGUAAUUUCUCAAAUGGCAACACCGCUCAUUACCCCACAAUUUUAACAACAGCCCAAAGCGUAAUGAAUAAGGAAAACUUUAGAUUUACUCCCCUAAAUAAAAAUUCAAAAUAUGUCACAGCCGAAUUGUAUAAUACAGGAAAUGUAUUAUCUUUCGGUAUCUUUGGUAGAGAUUACUCCAAAGAUUAUGAGACUUCUGAAUUUGGGAGUGUUAACAAUACAAGUGUUAUUAACGAUUUGUCUGAUUAUAUUUUAAGUGAUAAUGUUCAAGAAUUUUUUGAUUAUCUGUGGAUAAGAUUGAGAGUUUUAAUUUUUGUUGUGUCUAUUUAUGUUUUGGAAAUGAUGUAAUUAUUACAAAAUAUACAUCUAUGGUAAUUGUGUAAGGAUUGCUUAAUGGAGAUAUGGAAAAAUUAGUUCUUAUAAAUUACUGAUUUUUGUAUGUGAUAAUGAAAUGUACAGAUUAUGAUAAUUUACAGGCUUAGCACAAAUUAUGUAAAAAUGUUAUAUUAAAUAAUACUCUAUCAAAAUUUUUUCUCAACAUAAAAAACUUCUUACAUAAGAAUAUUUUUAAUAGCAUGAUUUGAUUUGUCGAUCGACAAUAUGAUUAUAAAUUAAAUCACUAUUUUUUUUUAUAAAUGGCAAUUCACUAUUCAGAGCUACCAGUGCUUUAUUUUCCAUGGCUACUUGAUAAGUUUUGUAUUAAUAAUCAAGGUGUAGUCCAAUCAAUCAAGUGGUCCAAUCAAGGUUUUGUUUAACAAGAGUUCCCUUGUUUCUCAGCCUGUAUAUUCCUGUGCCUUGGAGUUAUAUGUGGCUUGGUAUUUUUUCUAAUAGCCGAGAUGGCCCAGUGGUAAUAACGCGUGAAUCUUAACCGAUGAUCGUGGGUUCAAACCCGGGCAAGCACCUCUGAAUUUUCAUGUGCUUAAUUUUGUGAUUAUAAUUCAUCUCGUGCUUUACGGUGAAGGAAAACAUCGUGAGGAAACCUGCAUGUGUCUAAUUUCACUGAAAUUCUGCCACAUGUGAAUUCUACCAACCCGCAUUGGAGCAGCGUGGUGGAAUAAGCUCUAAACCUUUUCCUCAAAAAGAGGAGAGGAGGCCUUUAGCCCAGCAGUGGGACAUUCACAGGCUGUUACGGUUACGGUUAUUUUUUUUUAAAUGUUAUUAAUAAAUUGCCCGUUUGUUGAAUACUUUUUGUGAAAUAGAUAUCUUAAUUUAAUUUAAUUCGUAUAAGUAAUAAUUAUGAUAUAAUGAACUUUUUUAUUUAGUUGAUUUCUAAGCAUUUGAUAAGGAUAUUUUAUUACAUAGUAGCUGUUAUCCCAAAAUCAAUUUUUUAUUUUUAUUUUAAAUUUGUAUUUUACAAUUUAAAGAUUUGUUAUAGAUAAAGUGUUUAAAAUGCGAUUCAUAAUUAUUUUUUUUUUUGAAUAAUUAAAUGUGUAUUCACAUUGUGUUUCUUAUUAAAUAAUUACUUAAUUUUUUUAAAUUAUAUUUAUUGUAUUGUAUUAUAUACAAAUACGUCAACACUAAAAUGUCAAUGUUUCCGAACAAUGAGUGUGUUUUUUAAUGUAUUUUUUGGUACCUUCGAAAGUUAGCGCUUUUUCUGGAUACUAUAACAGGCAAAUGACUGAUCUCUGUGAUAUUAGAUAAGCGUGGAUGAGUUAAAAUAAAAACUUUUUAAAUA